AUGACUGAGACUGACUCUGACCGCGGAGCUCUCGUCAAAAUGGAUUUCAAACACGCUUUGCCUGCACCCCACUACUGGGACAUCGUACCGAGGAAGAAGAAGGAUUCCGGUGCUGACGAAGGCAUGGAUACUUUCAUUUCUGAUACUGAAGACGAUGAAGAUUUUUCUUCAACACUCGAGACGGUACUUGAAGAGAGCAAAGAUCCCUCCGAGGAAGUGCUUGGAGACGAGGCGAGCGAUGACUGGGCAGAGGGCAGCAUGUUGGCGGCCAUCCUCACGUGCAUCGUGUGCAUGGUGCCUCUCAUCUACUUCCUCUUCUACGUACUCUAUGUCGGCGUCCACUACGAGACAAACACGUUUCCUAAUGAGGAAGGUCGUCCUGGUGGACGUGAAAUACAAGUGCCCACGGUUGAUGCAAGGUCAACUACAACAAUGCGCCCCCGGCAUUGGUCCAGGAUGGCAUUAACAAAAAUUAGAGGGGCAACUAUUACAAUGCGUCCCCGGAAGGUGUCUACGAUGGCGUCAACAAAGUUUCCAGAGUCAAUUACAACAAUGCGGCCCCGGCAGUGGUCCACGAUGCCGUCAAUAAAGUUUCCAGGGUCACCUACAACAAUGCGUCCCCGGAAGGUGUCCACGACGGUGUCACCAAAGUUUCCAGGGUCACCUACAACAAUGCGUCCCCGGCAGGUGUCCACGACGGCGUCACCAAAGAUUGCAGGGGCAACUAUUACAAUGCGUCCCCGGAAGGUGUCUGCAAUGACGUCAACAAAGUUUCCAGUGUCAACUACAACAAUGCCACCCCGGAAGGUGUCCACGACGGCGUCAAUAAAGUUUCCAGGAUCAACUACACCAAUGCGUCCCCGGAAGGUGUCCACGACGGCGUCACCAAAGACUCCAGGGUCAUCUACAACAAUGCGUCCUCGGAAGGUGUCCACGACAGCGUCACCAAAGUUUCCAGGAUCAACUACACCAAUGCGUCCCCGGAAGGUGUCCACGACGGCGUCACCAAAGACUCCAGGGUCAACUACACCAAUGCGUCCCCGGAAGGUGUCCACGACGGCGUCACCAAAGAUUCCAGGGUCAACUACACCAAUGCGUCCCCGGAAUGUGUCCACGACGGCGUCACCAAAGAUUCCAGGGUCAACUACACCAAUGCGUCCCCGGAAUGUGUCCACGACGGCGUCACCAAAGAUUCCAGGGGUAACUACUACAAUGCCUCCCCGGAAGGUGUCCACGACGGCAUCACCAAAUUUUCCAGGGGCAAUUACUACAAUGCAUCCCCGGAAGGUGUCCACGACGGCGUCACCAAAGUUUCCAGGUCUUAGCCCGACACCUGUCUCGUCACAUAGCCCUUCUCAGACUGGAGCUGGGACACCUGGCAGCGAAGACAAGCUUAUUACCAAGAGCAUGUCGCUUGCCAGCACGGCUGCGGCACAUACGAAAUCGGAGACUACGGCAAGACACCCCACCACUGCAGCCGCACGGACAACAGCAGUGCCUAGGACCAAGAAAACUCCGAGUACAACCACGCGUAUCGCAUCCUCAUUGACGUCGACCUUCUCAUCAACGACGAGGACAACUUAUCGACCGAUAGAUCCAAGUUACGUUCGAAGAGAGCUUCGCGGACUCGUGUGCCAGACGGACGCUGUUGCCUUCCUGGGCGCUGCAAUACCGCCAAGCUGCGACUUCAUCAUGGUCGACGUAUCCAUUUCGUCCCCUCGGCAGCACCCCACGUACUCGUACACAUCGAUCGUUGAAAUUAUUCCAGCGCGACUUGAAGGACAGAUAUCACAACACGUGGCAAACGCACAGGACGCGUCGCUCCUGCUGACGUUCAAGAGAAGCGUGCUGCACAGUGGAACCCUUCAGCCGCAGGCCGUGGCCAGGGGCCUCGUACAGAAGGUCGUCGACAUGAAGGCGCACGGCAUCGCGCUCAGUGAUCAACGGAUUACAUAUACCGAUGCCCGCGCAAUUUCACAGGAUGCCGAGGUUUUAUCUAACGAAAUCCAGUCGUAUCACGGUAUCAUCCGAUACGACGUGUUCACUGGAAGUCGUUCCGCCUUAAGGUCCCUGAUGCUGGACGUUGUCAGGAGGCCGUCCAUUACGUUUGUGUACCGGGUGUCGGGGAUCAGCCGCACAUUUACCCAUCUUUAUUACGACAACUUCUAUUCUAAGAAGCUGAAUGAAGAGAACUUGAGCUCUAUCAUCGGCACGGACUUGGCACGAACCUUCACAGCACAACUUGGCAACUCUUUGGCAUUAUCCAUGACCUUGAUGGCAAGGAAGUGCCCCAAGAAUACCGUGGUGAACUACGUGACCAAGAGCACUUGCACCGAAAUACCUCUAAACGUUACGCACAUCUGCACCAUAUAUCCGGGCUACUUACAGGGAGUUCAACAUUCAGUCAUGACGAGGCGUUACGCCGGAACUCGCCGGCUCACAGACGACGUGUUCUUCGAAUUGGAGAACACAUUUUCCGCAAAAGUAUACCUCAUAAUGAGACAAUUGCAACAGGCGGGAGUAUCGCCGAAGGCGUUCAUCCUCGAACGUUACGAUUUGGAACCACAAAACGAAAUACGCUUCUUCGACUUCAGACGAGGCAGAUACGCGAAGUGUGAAGCCACGCCUUUCGGCUACUCCAGGAGAAUGAAAGAAGCACUGGCAAAGUUCUAACAACGAAAGUAGCCACGCCGCAAUGCUCUGACUGCACUUUGUCUGUCCUUUCAAACACUCAUGAACUCAUACAGGAACGUUUUGCCCUAAAUGAUAUGUCAUCAGGCAAAAUUUAAAUGGCACCUGACAGGUUAACUUUGCUGAAGUGUUCAUGAACUGCUGGCUCCUAAAUGGCUAAAACGAGUAAAGCCGCGAUUCAGGACCCGAACUCGCGAAAAUCUUUUACGUAGAAUUUUUCGUAAAACCUAAUUACAAUCAUUAUUGACGGUGGAUUUAAUAAUUGAAAAGGCAGUCAGCCAAUAGCAAAGAGCACUUACGAGCGAAAGGCUUUGGGAACUCGGUCGUAAGUUCACUUUACGAGAGAGAGAGAGAGAAGAAAGGGGUGAGCGGACCCGCUGUGGUUGAUCAGUGGCUACGGUGUUAGGGUGCUGAGCACGAGGUCGCGGGAUUGAAUCCCGGCCACGGAGGCCGCAUUUUGCUGGGGGCGAAAUACGAAAACACCCGUGUACUUAGAUUUAGGUGCACGUUGAAGAACCCCAGUUGGUCGAAUUUUCCGGAGUCCCCCACUACGGUGUGCCUCAUAAUCAGAAAGAGGUUUUGGCACGUAAAACCCCAUAAUUUAAUUUUUUUUUAAGGGAUGGGGGUUUCCACUGCAUACGUAAAAUUAGAGAGUUUUAGACAAGGAGGAGGCAAGCGUUGGGGCUUGCUAGCGAUUAGGCCACGGUACUGCGCAUGCGCAGUACUUGUUCAGUACUGCACACGCACUGUGGAACAGUUAGUGCUCGCGUAAUCAAAAUUUGACAGCGCCGUGUGCCGUGCAGUUGUUGCUCUUGAUUAAAAUAAAAUUUACAGUAAUUGAAAAUCAGCAGUGACUUUAUUUGCGCAGCCCAGGCAAGGGCCAUGCCCGCUCGUCUAGUCAACAUUACGCAUGCGCACUACCUUCCGGCUUCUCUGCUCACGAAAUUAUCUCGGAAUGGCCGCUGCCGCCAUCGUUACAGGCUGCGCUGUCGCGUGUUAGGACAGGGAUUCCGGGUUCUCCGAUUUUUUUUUAUUUCGCCAGCCAAGAGGGGGGCAGUUAUCAUCUUAGCCAGUGCCUCCGCCCCAUUGUCGGACA